UACAACUUCAAGUAGCAGUACUGAUUUGAAGAACGUAGGUUUGCUAUCAUCAUAGAACCAUGGUUUCAUCAGCAAAGAUAAUCUGCCUUGUGGCUUUUCUGAGUGCACUUUGCCUGGUGGCAGAAGCAAGAGCCAAAUUUCCAGGUGUGGCAAAGCAUAUCGGAUCACCUCAGAAGCAAACACAGAUCAACCCUCAAGCCCCAAUGGCCCAGACCGACGCAUCGGCCUCUGCUUCAUCAGAAUCAAUGUCAUCGGAAACAGACGAUGACGACGCCGCUGCUAACACCGCCGCCGCCGCCGCUCCAGCCGCUGCAGCACCAGCACCAAUCGGCGGCAACCUCCCGAUGUUGGCUGCGAACGGACGACAGUUGCCGAACACCGGAGCUCGGGACCCGAAUCAGAUGUUCGGUAGGGGAUCUGGAAGUUCGGGAAAGAGCGUCGGGGUUGCUUUCGCCGUUCUUGCGCUGAUUGCCGUGGUGGUAGCAGGAGCAUACUUUGGAGUCCGGAAAUACAGACCACAUCUCGUUUCACAUUUCACAUCAGAGGACGAAUGAAAAAUCAAAACUUUUCUGUUUUGCUUGACCGAACAUUAUCUUAAGGGAUUUGUAUCAUGUAUUAUGAAGAAAAUGUCCAAAUUUUAUCAUCUAUUUAACUGCCUUUGUCAUGUUUAUUGUAUAUUUGCUGUGAUAUGUGAGCGUAACAUCGAGUUUUAAUAUUUUUUCCUUCCUUUUAACAUCAUGU